AUGGCUUCGGCGAUGGCCACUGGAGGUACUGCCCCUCAAAGUGUUGAACAUAUUACACGGAUAGCACAGAACUACGAGUACAACUCUUCCGUUCCAUUGCGGUAUUGGCUGAGAACUGCUGCGACGCUUUUACGUGAGGCCCACAUUUACGAACGCGAAGGACACGAUGAACAAGCCUACCUUAUUCUAUUUCGGCACGCACAGUUGAUCCUGGUCCAUCUUUCCAAACACCCCGAUACCAAAAAGAAUGAGGACGAUCGCAAGGCCUUGGUGGCAGCCGAGAAAGAGGUUGAGAAAAACCUUAGCAAGCUGGAGAUUCUGAGGCCGCGCAUCAAUAAACGGUAUGAGCGUUACACUCAGUUGAUGCGGGAGCGUGAAUCUCGGAAACAGCCCUCACGAGCCAAAAUCGUCGCCGAGCCACGAGAACAAGUCCCGGAUCCCGCUCUCUCCGGCGUGGCAGAACCCUUGGAAGCUGGAGCGAAUCGAGAUCUCGCCGUGCAGUUAGCCCAAUCGGAGCUCAAUCGCCGAGCCACCGUCCGAAGCUCAAAGGGUCUUUCUGGGCCAUCUGCCGAAGAGCUGGAAACUCGUCGCGCAGCUGGCGUAUGGGGGGACUGGGACUCUAUGAAAUCGGAUCUUAGUUCGGGUGAUCGUGACCUCGGUCGACGUGUUCAGAAUAUCAGAUCCAAUUUCGAUCACACGAAUCAGCCUUACGGCCAACUUGCCAAAGAGUCCGAGGUUCCCUCUUCAGUUACUUCUGCGUACAAGUAUCCAACUGUGCCACGUCAAAAGCCCCUGGAGCCCGCUGCGUCUCCAGGUCAAAUUGCUAUCCUUGACAAGAACGCCGAACGGCAUGCGCCUCCGAUAUUGCCUCCGAAAGAGCACCUUGAGCCUAGCCGGGCAUCUAUUGUUGGUGAUUCUGCAGCUGUACCGCCCUCGCGGCCGGCAAAGGUAUCGCCAGCUCCGGCGCUGCCUGCGAAGAUCCAACCUUCCGAAGAAACCCGUCCAGAUCUCGAUCCCUCAAGUUAUACCUUCAAACCCUCAGCCUACCUCGAAAAUGGCACUCCUUUGCGCUCGGUGUUUUUGCCGGCGAACCUCCGAUCCCGCUUUUUAUCUCUGGCUGCUCCUAACACCCGCGCCAACCUUGAGACAUGCGGUAUCCUGUGUGGUACCCUUGUUUCCAACGCCCUUUUCAUAUCAAAACUGGUCAUUCCCGAGCAGACCUCAACAUCAGAUACCUGCGAAACGGUUAAUGAAUCCGCUCUUUUCGAUUACUGUGACUCUGAGGAUUUGAUGACGCUUGGCUGGAUCCACACACAUCCGUCACAGACCUGUUUCAUGAGCUCCCGUGAUCUACACACGCACUGCGGUUACCAAGUGAUGUUGCCCGAGAGCAUUGCCAUCGUGUGUGCUCCAAGCAAAACCCCCGAUUGGGGCGUAUUCCGACUGACUGAUCCUCCGGGUCUAAAGACAGUUCUGAACUGCAGCCAGACUGGCCUGUUCCAUCCACAUGCUGAAGAGAAUAUCUACACUGGGGCUUUGCGACCAGGACAUGUUUUUGAAGCCAGUGGGUUAGAAUUUGAGACAGUGGAUCUUCGUCCGGAUGCCUUAAAGAACUAA